UAAACCCUUUGUUGCAAUUUUCAUUAUUAUGCUUGUGCUGAAAGACUACAUUGAAAAUUUUUUUGGCCAAUAUAACGCUUAAAAGUGAAGCGUUGUUAUGAAAAAAAAUUUUUCUUCAACAAAGCAACGCUUCCAGCACCAAACGUGAUGAAGAUGACAGAGGAACCGGAAUUUUUUCAAGAAUACUUGUGUUUAUUUUUGUAAACACUAUUGUGGCGGGAAGAAUUACAGCAUAACACAAGAUGCCUCAAGGGAGCAUUUAUUGGCAAGGGACGGAACGGAGAGCUUGUGGACCUGGAGCACACUGGAACGUACAGGUUGUACGAGGCAAAGUAACAACCCGUUGUCUUUGGCAUGCUUGUAAGGCACUUGGAAUUGGAAUUUUGCUGAUGCUUUUAGGAGCAUGCAUGGCUACAAUUGGAUACUACGCUGAUCAGUUGUCUGUGGCACAAGAGAUUAGAGGUAAUAUGACAGUCAAAGUGAAGAAUGAGUCGAGAGGAUUUCAUCUGAAUAAUCUCAGUUAUGCUGGACCCAUUGUGAUGGGCGUUGGAGGUUUCAUUGUGGUUGCUGCGUGUGUAAUGACUUUUGAGGCUCGAGACAGCGCAGCCAAGGUCGUUCCAGCGCGUUUUCGGUUUAAUCAAAACUCAACGUUGAAACAUACUCGUUCGCAAAGGCCGCGACGAUCUACGUCCAGUCAAACUAGCAAAUGGGAUCACCAAUUGGGUUUAUUCCGUGUCAAUCGAACGCCCAGUCCAGGAACUCAUGAAAUAUCCAGGAAACAAUUGACUGCUGAAUUUUUGAGAUUCUCUCGAAACCUUCAUGAAAAAGGUGUACCAACUCAUCCAAUAAAAAAGAGUCCUAGUGCUCCAUCACUGGCGAUAAAAAAAUCACCAAGUAGAAGGAAAUCCAAGUUGACUUCUUGUGCUCUCUUGAAUCCGGAACUUUUGCAAAGACAUGCAUUAUCAGUAGACAAUCCACGUUACAGUCCACCUAAAGUUAGUAGCGAAAGUCUUGAACAUAACAAGAUGAAUGGUAGUCAAGUUUCUAUGGCGAUGGAUCUCUACAUUCCUAACAAGGGUCCCGUUACACUUCGAGUCAAGGACAGAUCAGAUACUGCCAGACGUCACCAGUUGCUUAGACAAACGAAAAUAGAAGAUGUUGAUGAUGGAGAAGCGAAAAAGAUGCUUGCCAGGAAACAGAAUUCAGAUUCAAUAGCAUAUCCUUCUGGAACAUUAUCUAGUAGAUUAUCAAUUGAUUAUUCAACACGAAAAAGAACAUCUAUUGAUGUGAGAUUGACUGAUGAAUAUGGAAUAACAGGAUUGCUCAGCACCAGUACUUCUCCAAGAGACUUUAGAAAAUCAUCCUCACCUAAUUUUCGCCAUAUGUCUUUUGAUAGAAUUGGAGAUGAUCGUAGGUUGGAUCCAACUGCCGGCAGAAAAGCAAGUUUGGAGAUUAGAAGAAGUCCUGAUUUUCGUAGAGCAGAUUACAGAUAUCUAAUGGAUGAAAUGGAUCCAAGAUUACGAGCCAAUACAUUUGAAAAUGGACGAAAACAACGACAAAAACUUCACCAUUCACGUUCUGAUGAUAAUAGACGCCGAUCAUUUGAUAAACAUCGUAGAGACUCUCAGCAAGCUAGUAGAUUUUCAUUAAAUGCACCAGUCGUUAUUGAAAGUUAUGGGCCAGAGUAUGAGCUUAAAUAUUUUACAAGCACAUCAACGGAUAAGGAUGAGAUUCGAUCGAUUGUCUCAGACGACAGCCAUGUAGCAGAAAUAAAGGAGACUCGAGUCAGUAUGACGACUAUUACAGUUGAUGAGCAUGUAGAUAAUGCAUUGUUAGAAGAGCCUGAAUUAGAAAAUUUAAAUGAUGUAGAAACGUGUCAGAAUAAUAAUGAAACUGGAGAAACAGAGACUGUCAUUAAAGAGUCUGAGGAGAAUGAAAAAGAAUCAAAGGAAACAGUGCUAGAUGUUGAAAACUAAAUGGUUGACUGGUAGAAAGGAAAAAGCUAACAUCGAGAUUUAAUUAAAUUAAUGUAAAUAAUUACAAUAAUCAUCAAUGAACAAAACGAUAUCAAUACUAGACAAUCAAUUUGCGCGGAUUACAUUUAUUUCAUUUGAUAUAUUUACUGUUUAUUUACUUUAAUUAGUAGAUGCGCACUGCUCAACUACCGCGAAACUUCUGUGGACAAUACAUCAGUCUCUCCAGUUCAUAAUUCAUAAAUCAUCCAAUUAAUGACAUUUACUAAUAAGUAGAUAAUUAUCAAGUUUUAACAAUGUACUCGUUCCUAUUACUAAGAAUAAUAAUUAUUAAAAUUAAACACAUUGUUGUACGGCCUAUCAAUUUAAAGCAAAAUUUAUUGCUAUGCAAAAGGCCUUUAUAUAAGCAAAAAAGACAAAAAAACAUUUGGUACAUUGAAUAAAUUUUUUUUAUUUAUAUUUUUAUACAUUAAAUCAUCAUUCAAUGAUGUAAAAUUUUUAUGAUUUAACAUUUUUAGGAUAUUGUUAUUUUUUUAUUAGUAUAUUAUUGUCUAACGGAU